CCAGCCACAACACGGAUCCGCACGCCGCUGUGCGCCUAUCACCGCUCAGCUCUGCCCGGAGCGUGAGUGCAUCUGACUCCACCAUGCCUUGGAUAACGGUGGCCGGUCGGCCCCGAUGAUAGCGCGCAGCCAGGACACUCACACCGGUGUAAGCCCCACGUUUUGCCUCGGUGACAGCCUGCGUGUGGAUAGCGGGGAGGACGGACGCACGACGGGACCCAUGGGCGCUGGCACGGACGCACCCUAUGCGCUCUGGUGAUCUAUGACCGGCUGGGUGGGAGGCUGAUCCAUCGUUUCGGCUGUCAUUUCAGCUCAAGGAGUUACAUAAUUUAUAUAUACACACCGUACCUCCUGGGUGGAGGUCAUAAAAAGGGAAGAGAUGGGGAGUACGACCUCUUGCUGCGUGUCCUCCAGCCCCAAGCUCCGCAGAAAUGCCCAUUCCAGGCUGGAGUCGUACCACCAGGAGCCGGAGCUGAGCAGGGAGGAGACGGGAUGCAACCUGCAGCACAUCAGCGACCGGGAGAACGUCGACGAGCUGAACAUGGAGUACAAUCCAUCGGACCAUCCGCGGGCCAGCACCAUAUUCCUCAGCAAAUCCCAAAACGAUGAGGUGCCUAGCAGGAACGUGCGAGAAAAACGAAAGAGCCUCUUCAUCAAUCAUUUAACACAUAUUAUGGAAUCAAAGCAUGGAACGACGAGACGGAAACACAGCUCCUGCUCCACCAUUUUCCUAGAUGACAACACAGUCAGCCAGCCCAACCUCAAAUACACCAUCAAAUGUGUAGCUCUGGCAAUUUACUACCACAUAAAAAACAGGGACACAGACGGAGGAAUGCUGCUAGAUAUCUUUGACGAGAAGCUUCACCCGCUCUCCAAAUCUGAAGUGCCGUCGGACUACGACCAACACGACCCGGAGCAGAAGCAGAUCUACCGGUUCGUCAGGACGUUGUUCAGCGCCGCCCAGCUCACCGCUGAGUGUGCCAUCGUCACACUGGUCUACCUGGAGAGGCUCCUGACCUACGCGGAGAUUGACAUCGGUCCGGGGAACUGGAAGAGGAUCGUCCUGGGCGCCAUCCUGCUGGCCUCCAAGGUCUGGGACGACCAGGCUGUCUGGAACGUUGACUACUGCCAGAUCCUCAAGGAUAUCACUGUGGAGGACAUGAACGAGCUGGAGCGUCAGUUCCUGGAGCUGCUGCAGUUCAACAUCAACGUGCCGUCCAGCGUCUACGCCAAGUACUACUUUGACCUGCGAUCGCUGUCCGAGUCCAACAACCUCAGCUUCCCUCUGGAGCCACUCAGUAGGGAUAAGGCCCAAAAACUAGAGGCUAUUUCCAGGUUAUGUGAUGACAAGUACAAAGAUGUGCGGAGAGCUGCCAAGAAGCGCUCAGCCAGCAUGGACAAUCUGUGUGGGAUCAGAUGGGUACCUGCGAUCCUGUCCUAACCACUAACAAACUGCCAUAGACACUAGCACCAGGCUGCAGACAUGGACUGGGUGGGGAAACCUGAAACGCAAGGUCCAACAUAGGUUUGAACCUGGGUCAAGAACCAAGAUCCACAAAAAACACAGUCUUGAUACCAAGAGGUGGAAGUUGAACACUGAUUGAAACCUCAAACCAAUCUCCGGACCUCAGCCUGUCAAAAUUGAGUCCACACCUUGAAACCACAUUCGUAGUUUUGGGGAUUCCAGAGGACUUUUCAACUUAACCAGAUGCCUUCACAGUGCCUCAACUCCUCUGCUCCAUAUGACAUAGAGAGACAGAAGGGAUUCAUCUUUGUUUAGUGGCUUGUUGUAUGUACUUUGGGAAACAUCUGACUUUGGACCAACAAGGAAAUCAUGGCUUGCUACCACAGAUGAGAAAUAAUCUCUGAACUUCUUAAGAGGUCAUUGUAAGCCAGUUCUUAAACAUUUUCAGGAAAGAUUCUUCAUACAGUUUUCUGGUUUUGUGUGGACUACUCUGUGCUCAGAUUAUUCAGAUUAAGAUUUGGCAACACCUGCCUUUGAGAUGUCUCUGUGGCUUUCCAAGGAAGGACUUUAUUUAUUUUAAUUUAGUAUUUGAACCCCAUUUUCAGUGGCUGCAGCUGCCCGAACCCCCUAGUAACUGCAGUAUUUCAAGGACUGCAGGGUAGCACUGGACUUUUUACUGGUUAUUUUCUUUGACAUGUCUUAGCUGAAUGAAAACAUUAGCAAGUUUUCUCCUUUGAAAAUCUUCAUAUCCAAGGUUUACAGUAUUUCUAGCGUACCUCCCGAUACUCAGGUAGUGUGUUUAAUAUUUUGAUGUUUUCUGAUGUGUGUCAUUUAAGAUAUAUUGAGGGUUGAAAUAGGAAUUAUAAAGAGUGACAAACACAUAUGUGUGCAGAUGGAAAGGGCCAGAAUGAAUAAAAAAUAAUACAACAUUCCCACAGAUAUUGGUGCAAUACAUUCCAAUUCAGAUUGUGAGGAUAUGCACAGUCAAGAGUGACAUUUUUACAAUGUAUGAUAAGAGCAUAUUUUGCAGAGACUAUGAUUCAGUAUUCAUCAGAUUUUGAUUUCAGGAGUUUGCGAUUCAUGCUCAUACCACAGGCAAAUAGGGCACAAAUUUAUUUUAGAGGCUGCAUUGAAGCCUAUAGUAGAGUAAAUUACCACUCUCUGGCGACAUCUGGUGGAUUUUCGAGUUACAGAAAAUGAUUCUAUUAUGUCAUUUUUUUUGGAUUGUCUCGCUAAGGUGGCAUUAAUGCUCAUUUAAAGAACCAACUUCUUUUGGAUUAUAUCAGCUAUUUGUGUGUAGGUAAAGUUGUGUGAGGGUUGUGAUGUGGGAGCUUCUGAGUGGAAAAAUAUCUGGGGAAAAUCAAAUUUCACAUAUAUACUCUAACUAAACAGGCAAGUUCAUUUUGCUCCAGUGUUUAAACACUUUACAAAUUAAAUACUGACCACUUCAAAAUACAUUAAGAUCUCAAACUUUAUUGUCAUGUUUGUCUGAAAUGGAAUAAAGAGCAGCCUGGUGCUAUUUUAACACAUACUUAGUAGUAUCCUUAAUCACUGAAAAGGAUGGGAUUUUGGUGAUUCAGCUCUUGCUAUAGCACCUCGGUUUGGUCAGACUGACACUCAUUGUUGCUGUUGGGCAGCAGUUGGUAUAAUGAGUAGACCACUCUUGAACUAUAGAAACCAGGGACAACCCUGCUGGAGUGUCGUUAAGCAAGACUAGCUCCAGGAACACUGAACCUGACCUCUGACUUCCCUGUGGUGAGGGGGCAAGGAGAUGAAAGUGGCCUCACAGGAAGCAAUAAAUUGUUGUGUUAAAUUAAAUGACACUAGUGACUAGCUGAGAUUUUAAAUUUUAGGCAACUUAAGGCAAAGUGGUUGCAAAAACACAUGGAAAAUCCUGAACAGGAGGUUAAUCCAAAAGGGAAGACAAUUAAAAUUAGUAACUACUGCAGUUAAAUGAUGAAUUUAUUCCUUAUUUCCACAGUCAGCUGGUCUGUUGCACCCAUAAAUGGUGUAAAGGUGCACUCCCCACAUGUGCAGCAUUUACAGAUUUGGUUUAGUGCAUUUGAGCAGGUGAUAGCAAUGGCAUUUGAGCGACUGCGGCACCAAAAUCACCACACCAAGAUACCUGAAAAUGUGAAUUUCAGUCGCAUUCUGAGAGAACUGCAUUGCGGUUUGUUAGUAGUGAGAACAUAGUGCCCCAGUGGCUUACCUAGUAGAGCUAGUGCCACGUAUCAAGGCAGAAAACCAACUAAAUGACCCCAAAAUGCAAAGUUUUGCACCCCCAUUUGCCUUUAUAUCCCCUCCACCCCCUCCCCUCAGCUAUGUUAAGGUUGUUUAUUGUUAGAAAGACAGUCUGUAACUGAGCUGUUGCAGGUACGAUCCCCAGUGUACGACCAUCAGCAGGGAUGAGUCCUGUUGAAGUGUCCUUGAGAAUGAUUAGGAAUCAAUCACUAAGGGGUGUUAUAAGUACACAGGUAUUCCUUUAUUGCUUUGAAAUUUCUGAAAUAGGCAUGCGAAUACUUUAAAUAAACAAUCGUUGACCAACAUUUUAUUAUUAUUAUUAUUAUUAUUAUUAUUAUUAUUUUGUUAAAUUUAAAAGUGGUUUUAACGCUUCUGUGAAUUCUCAUUAUCAAGCAAUGCUAAUUUUCUCAACAUAAUCCCUGACCACUGAGCCAAGUUCUUAACAGUGAUGACACUGUACACAUAAUCAAGUUUUUCAUUUUGUAUAUUCAUUGUACAGUUGGUUUCUGUUCAAAGGCUAAUUUCUAAUCAACUUUUCAUUCUUGCUUUUAUCAUUCGUCUGUCAACUGAAGCACUAAAGGAUGAUUAUUUUGCAAAUGAACUUUGUACAGUGUACAAAGUAAAAAGGCAAAAGGUAAUAAAAGCCUGGAGGACAUUACAACUAUUGUGAAAUAUUUAUAUGAGCUGUGUUUUUAAUAAAAGGAA